AUGGGAAGUGUAUGGACAUGGGGUAUUCUCGGUCGCGUCAUCGAUCGUGGUGUGGGUGUAUGGUACACUCAUCUGUUUUUACCAGAUCGACUGCAAGUAUUAGCAACCGAUGUUACGAACACUUCCACUGCUGUAGCAUUACGUGAAUAUGCCGAUCGACUUGAACAUCGUCAUGAGGCACCACCACUAGUGGGAAAUCGACAUUUCUAUACAAGUGAUUUUCAAGUACAUCGUAGAGCUACCUGGAUCGCUGCAUUGAAGAUGCAUUCCGUACGCACAAUUGCUACUGAAUGUUUAAAUGGUGAAAAUUUGAAAGGUGAACAUAUAGGUGAUGGUGUACUUAAUCUGUACACUCGUGAUGCUCAAUACGGAAGUGGUGAGGACUUAGCUUUAUCAGCACGUUCAACUCCAAUACUGAAUUGUCUUAGAGCUAUACCGAAUGGUCAUCCUGCUGCUGUUGCAUCGUCAUCGUCUUCCACAUCAUCAUCUCAACCUGUUCGCACUGAGAGAAAAUUUUUAUUUUUUGAAACUUUGCAUGUUUAUACGGUUUUUAAUUGA